AUGCAAAAGAGAUGGUUUUGGAUGAGGAUGGUAGCAGGAGGUAAUGAACGAAGUUCGGUAAGCAAUAGUCCCAUUUCCCAAGGUUGCGUCACUACAACUAAAUGCCUCUUAGCAAAUAUUGCCUCCAACACUAUAAUCAAAUCUUCGUAUUUUUCGACAUUGUGCUCAGAAUGCGACUUUCGGUUGACCGUUUCAAAUACUACAACGCCACGAUUUCCUCCGCGAGGUAAAUCCUACGGCACACAUGAUCGAGCACUACAACCAUCCAUGGAAUGGUUGAAUUCUUCCGGAAUAGAUAUUUUUGUUUUGGAAGACCUUGCUAGAGCGGUUCUGGUGCUUGCUGCUAGGAUUUUAAUAUAUCGUUACCCACUUCAGCAAGAGGGUCUCAAAAUUGUCAAACAACGAAGGCUCCUUCCCUUCAUCUUUAGAAGCACUGUGAACCUCCGAAUAUGGAGUCUUAGACAAGCUAGUCCAGAAUCCGCACCCUCUACUCCUUACGACAGACUAGUCAUUUGGGAAUCCUCGGAGGAAUUCAGACAUUCACUUAGUGCCGAUUUACUUUCACCUUAUAACUUCGGGGUUCCAGGGUUGGUUGCUGUAUCGCGGAACCACCUCGAUAAAGCUCAUACCAAAAACCUAGUCCCUAUGAUCUUUAUUUUAUUCACUCCGUGGUUCUGA